CACCACCGCCAGCAUGGCCGCAAGACAACCUCGAUUCAACCAACAGGUCCUCAUCGACACCACUCCCCUCCCCGACAGCAUCCCGAAAGUCCAAGAAAUCGGCGCAUCCUCUGCUCCACUCCUAUCCGCCAGCUUCUUCAUCGGUGCACGCUGCAAACCUUACAAUGACGACUUCAUGCUCUGCAAGACGGAGGCGAACGGAAAGGGCGAGACCGAGUGUCUGAAGGAGGGUCGCAAGGUCACGCGCUGUGCGGCCAGCGUGAUUGAGGAUAUCAACAAGAGCUGCUUGGAUGUGUUCCGACAACACUGGAAGUGCUUGGAUAACAACAACCAACAGCUGUGGCAAUGCCGUGCUGCGGAGAGGCAAUUGAACAAAUGUGUAUUCGAGAACUUGAAGUUGGAGAAGACGAUUCCAGGCGCGCCAGAGAACGAGACUCCGGUUCACCUCAGGAAGAAGCAGAUCUAUGCGCAUUCACUCUACGGUCAAUAGACGUGUAAAAAGAUACUGCUUAUGCAGGGUUCAUGGCCACUCACCCCUCAUUCUCCG